AUGGAUUAUCCUGAUUUAGUUUCGGUUAUUUACAGGGCAAGUUAUUGGGAUUCCUUCGGCUACCAAUUGGAGAACAAGUUGAAUGCUGCUACGUGGACAUCUCGCCUGGCGGGAUUGUAUAUCACUGUGACAUGGUGUGGACCCUUCUGUUUCAUAUCUCCUCUUUAUACAAGCUUGGCUGGGAAUUGCCCAAAAGUUGUGUUGUUGAAAGUUGAAAUUGACGAGGCAAGGGAUCUGGCUGCACGGUGGAAUGGAAUAUUAGCAGUGUUCCAACCUUCCAUUUUUCUGAAAAAUGGAAAGGAGAUUGACCAGGUAGUUGCAGCAGACAGAAGUUCACUAGAAAGCAAGAUUGCCCAAUUUGCUUGCCAAUUAUGA